AGGGACUGGCAACUGACUACUGAGUCUAAGAGAGACAUGGGGAAAAAGCAAAGUAGGUAAUAAUGACGGCACGGACAAAAAAAUAUGUAAAGCCGAGCGACGAUCUGAUCUGUGAACUGGCUACCAUCCUACGCCGGCAAUCGAAAAGCAGUCCUGGAGAAACGCAACCACCGAAGCCAGCGCAUCCAUCGGAGACCAUCGAAGAGAGUAACCCCGAGCAGGCCGCGGGCAGGACGAGAAGAAGGACGUCGAGGAACGGGCACAAGGAGCGGAAUUGGAAGCUGUCCUCGAGGAACUCUUCCCGGAGGCAGAAGAAAUGUAUUCGGCGGUGAAGCCGCUCUCCAAGUACCUGCAGUUCAAGUCGAUCCGCAUCUACGACGCCGUCUUCACCAUCCACUCCAAGUGCACGGUGGUCAUCCUGCUCACCUGCUCGCUCCUCCUGUCGGCGCGCCAAUACUUCGGAGAUCCCAUUCACUGCAUCAGCGAGGAGAAGAACAUCGAGUACAUACAGUCCUACUGCUGGACCAUGGGCACCUAUAUCCUCAAGCUGGACGCCGGCGAUGGCGGGCAGCAGAUGCCGGUCCAUCCGGACCAGGAGGGAUCGGGGAACUCCUCCACCCCCUCCGCCACCUCGUCCACCUCCACCGCAUCGCACUCGAGUUGGAGAAGCCGCGCCAGGUACCGCUCCAGAUCGAGUCUGCGACGGAUGGGGGAGUACAACGAGGCCUACGCGAGGGCCAUGUCGAUAGCCGAGGGCGUGGGCCCCGAGGUUCGGGGCCAGUCGGAGCGGGAGUACCUGCGCUACUACCAGUGGGUCAUCAUCCUGCUGCUCUUCCAGGCGUUCGUCUUCUACUUCCCCUCGUGCCUGUGGAAGGUGUGGGAGGGCCAGCGCCUGAAGCAGCUCUGCUCGCAGGUCGGCGAGGCGCUCCUCUCCGAGGAGACCUACAACACCCGGCUGCGGCUGCUGGUCAAGUACUUCACCACGGACUACGAGGACAUGCACUUCUGCUACAUGGUCAAGUACGUCUCCUGCGAGAUCCUCAAUUUCCUCAUCAGUGUGGUGAACAUAAUCGUUUUGGAGGUCUUCCUGAACGGGUUCUGGUCAAAGUACCUGCGGGCCCUGGCCACCAUUCCGUUCUACGACUGGGACCGCUGGAACCGCGUGUCCUCGAGUGUCUUCCCCAAGAUCGCCAAGUGCGAGGUGCUCAAGUUCGGGGCCAGUGGCACGACCAGUAUAAUGGACAACCUGUGCAUCCUGCCGCUGAACAUCCUCAACGAGAAGAUCUUCGUCUUCCUGUGGGCCUGGUUCCUCCUGAUGGCCCUGAUGUCCGGCCUGAACCUCCUCUCCCGGCUGGCCAUGAUCUGCAGCAGAUACCUCCGCGAGCAGAUGAUCCGCAGCCAGCUGCGCUUCAUGACCAAGCGGCAUGUGAAGCGCGCUCUGCGCGACCUCACCAUCGGGGACUGGUUCCUCAUGAUGAAGGUCAGCGUCAAUGUUAACCCAAUGCUCUUCCAGGAUCUCAUGCAGGAGCUGUGCGAGCUGCGCACUUCCUCCUCGGCCAGCAGCCUGGAGAGCCCCGUCUAGGACUAUUGUAACCCCUGUGAUCCACAUGGAUCAGGAUCAGCAGAUCGCCCAUGACCCUCGCCCACUUGACGUUGCCGUCGUUCGUUGAUUCGUGCGUUUUGCUUACAUACAUGUGGAUAUUACAUAUAUUUCCUCCCUACGCCUUUGCAAAUACUUUAGUUAUGUUUUUAACCCAGUGGGCUUUACGGUAUCGCAGACUCAUUUUUAGCAAGGCAAAUGGAUCACAAACUAGAUUGACACGUGGACACAGAUGAUACUUGGUGACUUCCAACUAGGUGACGAAUUCAGGUGACACCAUCUAACGAAGAUGGUGACCCAGAAGUGUACUUAAGCGAUUGAAAUUUCAGCGCGUAUCCCUAUUUCAGAUGUGGCAUUUUCAAGACUGAUAAUAUACAAAUGCAGAUGAGACUUGGUGAUUGAUUUUGCCGAAGGGUGACCCCGACUUGCAACAAACGUACGUGGAUGGUGACCCAGAAACGACCUUUCGAAGUUGAACUUAAAAUUGCUCCUGAUUCACUGCUUCCAUUGAAAUUAUACUGUACUGUUUAGUCUACCAAUUUCAUUUUCUGUAUGUCACAUGUGAGUUACUCUGUACCUUCUGCUGAGCUGCUGCUUCUGCUCUUGCUGUCUUUGCUGGUGGCAUUUAGUGAGCAUUGUUUAUAACUAGUUGCUGCCAUCAUUUCGUCAUUUAUGGUCCGCUGGGACGAUCCCCCGAUCGUUGGGGUUUCGGCGUUGCUCUGCGCACAUUAACAACGCAACCCGCUCGCUUUUGGCCGCCUUCGCCACGCAACUCACUCACUCACACACUCCGGGGCGAAUGAAUGUAAAUGUUAUUCAAAAGCCAUUCCCGCGGCGUUUACAUGCCCAGCACUCACGUGGGGCAUAUCGGCCGGAGACUCACUCCCCCAGCCCAGUGACUCACGGGCGCCCGCUGAUAAAAAAUUUCCCAGAACGAUUAGUUCGCCUGCGAACUCAGGGGGGGAAAGCCAUUGCAUUACCAAAUAUGACGUUGCUUAGUCUCAAGUUUUAACGAUUGUCAGUGCUCUAGAAUUUAGGAGAACGGUUUAUUAUAUAAACCAAAAAGAACACAUCUUUCAUCGUAAAAAGACUAAAGACUAAAAAGACUAGCAAGAUAUUUCAAGUGAUAUAUGACAUGAUGUGGUAGCGAAAAUGAGGUGGAUGCUUUAUGGGACUUCCUUCCGAAAGUGAAAGUAAGAAAUAUACAUUUGUCAGUUGAAGAAACGAAACGAUAUAGCGAAGAUUCAUUUAUAUUUUUUUGAUGUUCAAUUGAACUUGUGAGUAUUCAAAAAUGCAGUUUUGGACAGAGUUAAGAAACACAAGUGAGACUGAUAUUGUGUGGUAGUGUGUUUUUUGGUUUUUUUAAAGGGGUAAUUACUUGGUGAAACAUAGGCAUGAGUGUUCUAAAACCACCAGCCCAGUGGGCUAUCAUAUAAAGUUGUUUAUUUGUGACUUUAUUAAUGGCGAAUGUAAGCAAAAAAUUGGGUUUUUUAAAUGGGGGUUUCGAAACGGGGUUUUUUAAAAGAUAUACUGUGGUUUUGAACAAGGGGGUUGGAUUUAAAAAGAGCUUAUUUUACGGGUGAAACACAAGCCUGACUGUUUUUGACAGCGGGUUGUGAUACCAUGUUCAAUGGGGAUUGUAAUGAACAAACUGGGUUUCUAAGAGGGGGCCUUAGAACGAGCCAUAUCUAUUGUGGGAAAUAAA